AUGUCUCGAUAUGCGGACGUCAUCAAAGCCAUGAAGAGACGCAAUCAAGAUUUGACAGCCGUUGAAACUGCUCCCUUCCAGCGGCGGAGCAUGACCAAAGCCGCGAUCGUCCAAAGUAUCAAGGAGUCCAGAGAGAAGCACGAUGACUCAGACAAUGACAUCGAGGUAUACAUCGAGCCUCCUCCAUCAAGCAGUGCUGUUUCCGGCACCGCCACGGGGGCCGCCGAAGCUGAAAUGUCCUUCGAUACCGAAUCCUUAAACUGUCGCUCCCGCAACCGUACGAGCAGCGAACUACCCAGGUCGCCGACGGUAGACUACGCCACCUUUAUGGAUGAGGUCGAUAUGCUGCGGCAGUCUAACGAACCACCAACAUGUGGCCCGUCCCGCGCUACACGUCGUGGAUGUCGCACUCGAUCCAGUCUUCUGAUCGAUAUUCGCGACGACACUCCAGCUCCAACUCCGUACCCAAAACCCCAGCGUAUCGAAAUUGAUCUUCGUACGAUCACGAAAAACAUGCAACAGCUCAGUCUGCUCACCAGCAAGUUGGUCGAGAGCCUCUUCGGGACGUUGCAACUCGAUCCGAGCUUGCCUGGGUUUGUCGAGUGGAAUGCAGACACACAUCUUGAGACGCUGUACAGACGUUGCCUGGGCGCUCCCUGGAAGGGGACGGUCGACGCCCUCAAGCAGGAUCGUCUUGGUCUUGCGACAGACAUUCUGUCAUGCCUUGUGAGCGCCUGGAUCUACGACGAAGUCUUUGUGGAUGACGAACCGUGGCAAGAUUUUCUGCAGUCGAGCUUGGGGCUUGCUAAAAGACUCAGCAAUGCAAUGGAGACAAACGGCGGCCUUGCAAAUCUUUUCGAAAAAUACGUCGUGCCACACGUCACUCGGCAGAACCAUGCCAUCGACUUUGUUGGCAAACUUCAGGAAGAGUCAGUAGGUGACAUGCUGCGCGGUUCGACGUUCAAGCGAGCCGCCGAUACUCAUGCCCGUGAAACCACCCGUCGGCUCACUUCGAUCAUCGAUCCACACAUGCGCCGGCUCAACGAUGUUGCGAAAUUGACGAGCGAAGGUGUUCGCGAGCAUGGCUGGCAAACACAAUGGCAGUCAGGCAUAGAAGCCAUCAUCACGCAGGCCAUCAAGCUCAAAACCAAGCUCUGCUACGCUACGUUCUCGAACUACCAACACCGUUUCGUCUGGCCGGAGCACAAGUCAGCGCUUGACACCGUCACGAUGCAAGCUUGA